AUGCCGAUACCCCUCAUAUUUUUGUUUCUUUCUAACCUCCUAGGUGCAUCGCUGGCAUCUAGUGCUGGCACUUUCCCUACAGAGCUGAUGCAGUAUCGUCAUCUGAAGGUUGCUAGGAGGCACGUAGACCUCCUCCAGAGAUCCAACGAGAUUCGUACAACGCGCUCGAUCACGCUGACCUACGCGGAAGAAAAUGGCUACCAAGCCGAUGAUACGGUCUUUGCAUCUCGAGUAAAUCUCAAAACCGAUCACGAGACAGUGUUGCUUGAGGACAUCGAUCAUCUUCUUGGCCUUGUAGAAUGUUCGGAGUCGACCAUGACUCUCGAGUUCCGUGAGAGCGCAUCCUUCGAGAAGGCUAAGAUCACCUGUGAGAGCUUAGAAGAUGGCUUGAUUGUCACAUCCCAUUCUACUUGUAGCGAGGUCGGAGCACAUAGUGCCUUCCGGGUCUUGGGGUUUAAGUCUGAAGACGACCGCGAUCGAAUUAUUCUGAGCGUGGAAACGACAACUUGGCAGAAAUCCUUCAAGUCUAUGAAGAUUGAGUUUGGCCACUCGCCUGAUCCACACAUGAUACAGAGACACGACCGUUUGCUUCGACGCCAAACAAAACCAAGUCAAGUGCAAUCCCUUGCGGCCAGUAUCAUACCCUCUGCAACCCCAACGGCUGAGUCAGUGACAUUCGACCUGGCAUUCGAAGCAAAAGAUACCACAUUCCAGUGGCCGGAGGGCGUCAGCAUCGGUCCCUCUUUACCAAUCACGGUCGGCUGCGAUAAAUGCACGACUACCGGGAAGUUGAUCCUUACACAAGGGGAAUUCGACAUAGCAAACCUGAGUGAGUUGACGGAGCAAGCGAUUAACGCGAACGAAGAAAUGGACUUCAUAAAGAGUGGAUUCUUUCAGCUCGAACUAAAUGGGUUUGAAGCCUCUAUUGGCUUGAAAGCUAGCCCUUCUGCAUCCUUAGAGUUUGCCUAUGAUCUCUUCCAACUUCCUGUGCUCGGAUUCAAGAUUCCAGGAUUUGGAGCAGCCGGCGUCUUAUAUACGCCACAGUUAAUCUUCGAAGUCACUGUCUCUGGGGGAAUUGAGCUGUUCUUCGGAUUCGAUGUCAAGGUUCCCGACCACUCCACUAUCCGUCUCGAUCUUGGACAAUUCAACAAAAGUGGGAUAACAGGCUUUGAUAAGACAACUGUGACUGCUCUUCCAUUUAAUACGAACGCAUCCGACAUUCAGCUCAGCAUGCAGGCUGGACUUCGCCAAUUCAUACCUCUUGGCGUUAGCUUUCUGGGAGGUGACAUCAAGUUACUUGGUGGUCCAUAUGUGGACUUGCCAUUUAUCAACACCACAAUCACCCAACUCGCCACCGAUCAAUUCGAUGCAGACUGCAAAUCUGGCCAGGGUAAAACAGACACUAAGUUUAAAAACGCUUUCAAGAAUCUCACUCAUAUUGAAUCGAACAUGGGUCUGGGUGUCGGCUUCGAGUUUGAGGCAGAGCUCAAGCUUCUUCCCGAUCAUGCUUACGAUUUUCAGCUCUGGAGCACUGCUGCUCCUCUGGCGACGCAAUGCCUCGCGUUUCAGACCGGUGGAAAAUCAACAGGCCUAACCGUUGCUACAGCAGCGCUAGCAAGCAUCACAAAGAACGCCGCGAGCCGGCUAUACACUCCUUCGAGUGAGCUCCCUGGUUUCCUCAACCUCUACAGCCAAUUUGCCAUCUUGGGACUGUGCACGUUUACUGCAGUGUUUGCCGUUUUGUAA